CGGAGCGGUAGCCUGGAGAACACCUCAGUUCGGAGUCGGACGUCCUCCGUCGUUCUUCUUCCUCCUGCUCUUCCUUCCAUCUCCGGUCGCCCCGUUCGUUUUCCUUUCUCUCCGUGACCGGCUCGUUAGCGGUCACGCGAUCGCCGCUGCGAGCGAUUAUCAGCGAUUAUAAAUCGACUCGUUGCGCAACUAACCCGGUCCUCUGAAACGCCACGUCGCGUUCGAUCUUAAGUUCGGCCGGUUACGACGGUGUUUUCCUCUGUUCGAUGCGACCAGUGAUCGUGGAAGUCUGGCGCAGGCCAGUGUCGUGAAUUCGUGAAACGAUUUCGUCGGCCAGCGAAAAGGUCGCUGGAACCGAAGAAGGUGUUGAUGCGCGAGCGGAAGGAAACGGCUCUCCCGACACCUUUAGCAUCGAAGAUGCUUUGAGCGACGUUCGUGCUGUUUACGGCGACGCUGCGAGUCUCGGAAGCACGCCAGUGCGUCGACACGUCUCGGUUAAUUUACACGCGUGCGAAGCACCGCGCCGACGCUUCCAAGCUACGAUCGUUCGCCGUGUCUGGCAAGCGCACGCGAUCUACACGGUGAUAAACGCAUAGACGAACAUAGAGGGAGUAGCAAAUUGAAUGGGAGGAAGAUGAAAUGAGAUGGAAUGAGAUCUAAGAUGCGUGCGCUGGCAAGCCACCGGAGGAUCGUUGCCCGAACCUCUCGAUCCGAAACGAAGGUCAAAGUCGCGUCGUAGCGACGAUUCGCGGCGAAACGAGAGAAACGACUUCGCGUGCCACUUCGCCAGCAAGGAUACGGAUAAUUUUGAUGUUCCAUCGCGGUCCCGCGACUCGACGGGGAAAGCCAGGCUCGUCGAGGGAAAACGGCGAGAGAUGCGAGAAACCGGGGACACGCGGUGACCGAGAAACACGACACGCGAACAAACCCUGCACGGACCCGUGGAGGAAAAUUGCACGGGAGAAAUGGCUCUGAUAGCUCCGAGGAACAGCUCGCCCGUGGUACGGGACAAGGAGAGCAUACCAGCCUACGACAUCAAGCUAGAACGCGUUCUCGGAGUAACCGUAUCGAGCAAUGCAGCCCUGGAUUGCGACGCGACCAGCGAGUUGGUCGCUUAUCCUGCCGGCUGUACCGUCGUUUUGUUCAACCCACGAAAGAACACGCAGGCCCACGUGUUGAACGCUUGUCGCAAAACGGUAACUUCUUUGGCCCUCGCUGGCGAUGGAAGGUUCCUGGCCACCGGAGAAUGCGGCCACAUGCCGAACGUUCGAGUUUGGGACAUCUCCGAUCCGUACAAUGCCGUGCAGUUCGCCGAAUUUUCCGGACACAAGUACGGCAUCAACUGCGUGGCAUUUUCACCGAGCAACAAGUACGUGGUAUCCGUGGGCUCUCAACACGAUAUGAUCGUCAACGUCUGGGACUGGAGGAACAAUGUUAAAGUGGCGUCGAACAAAGUCUCGAGCAAAGUGAAGGCCGUCUGCUUCGCGGAAAACGGCAAUUACUUCGUUACCGUCGGCAACAGACACGUCAAGUUUUGGUAUCUCGAAUACUCGCGCAGUGCCAAGUAUAAGGAACCUGUGCCUUUGAUGGGUCGGUCUGCCAUAUUAGGAGAACAGAGAAACAACGAUUUCGUGGACGUAGCCUGCGGCCGAGGGGAUAUGGCGGAUUCGACGUACGCGAUCACCAAAACGGGGCUCCUAUGCGAAUUUAAUAACAGGAGGCUGUUGGACAAAUGGGUGGAGCUUCGCACGAGCAGUGCCAAUUGCAUGGCCGUUGGAGACAAAUACAUCUUCAUCGGCUGCGCGGAGGGAAUCGUGAGGUGCUUCAGUCCUAGCACGCUUCAGUUCAUCACCACGUUACCGAGAACGCAUUACCUAGGCGUGGACGUCGCUCAGGGAUUGUCCAUUAGUCACAUGUCUCAGCAUCCGACGAACGCGAGGUAUCCGGACGCGAUCGCGCUGGCGUUCGACGAACGGAACAACAAACUGACCUGCGUCUACAACGACCACAGCAUCUACGUGUGGGACGUGCGGGACAUCAGGCGGGUCGGCAAGUCCCAUUCGUUUCUCUACCACUCGGCGUGUAUCUGGGGCGUCGAGAUGUAUCCCACAGGAUCGGAUUCCAUGACCAGUAUGCCGGCUGGCAGUUUCAUCACCUGUUCCAGCGACGACACCAUCCGCGUGUGGAACCUCGAGAAGGACAUCUCCCCGGACGACACGCUCUACAAGCGAAACAUCUAUAGCAACGAGUUGCUCAAAGUGCUCUACAUAGAUCCGGAGCUGACUUACUUGAAAGAUCUGGAUCUGGCGGCUGCCGGGUCGAGCGAAAAGAGCGACGCAUCGUACGACGGACGAAACGGAGUCAGAUCGAUCCGAGUGAGCCCGGACGGGAAACAUUUGGCGUCCGGCGAUCGAUCUGGCAAUAUUCGAAUCCACGAUCUCUCCUCGUUGGAGGAACUGUGCUUGAUCGAGGCGCACGACGCCGAAGUGCUCUGCCUGGAGUAUUCCAAAUUCUCCCGAUACUCGGCGGAGCCUCCGAGGCUGCUCGCCAGUGCCUCCAGGGAUAGGCUGAUCCACGUGUUCAGCGUCGAUCAAGGAUACAACUUUUUGCAAACGCUCGACGAUCAUAGUUCUUCCAUCACUGCCGUUAGGUUCUUCAAUCAGAGUAAUCAGAGCAAUCAGAUACAAAUGGUCUCCUGCGGUGCCGACAAGAGUAUUAUCUUUAGACAGUUGCAAUCGACACCGGGAGGAAUGCCGCAAUUCGCCAGGGGUCACAACGCCCAGGGCAAGACCACUUUGUACGAUAUGGAAGUCGAUUCUGGACAGAAACACGUCUUGACCGCCUGCCAGGACAGGAACAUAAGGGUUUACAACGUAGCCACGGGUAAACACAGUAAAACGUUCAAGGGGUCUGUCGGCGAAGACGGAUCGCUCAUCAAAGUGGUUCUAGACGCAUCGGGAAUCUACGUAGCUACCUCGUGUACGGAUAAGACGUUGUGCGUGUACGAUUACUACAGCGGCGAAUGCAUGGCCACUAUGCUCGGUCACUCGGAGUUGGUGACAGGGCUGCGCUUCAGUCCCGACUGUCGCAACCUCGUGUCCGCCAGCGGAGACGGUUGUAUAUUCGUGUGGCGCGUUCCACGCGACAUGGUCGUCACUAUGCAGGCGCGUCUCGCUCAGCAAGCGAUGCGAGCUGGAAAGAGGCCGUCACAAGUGAACGGCACGGGCAUCGACAUACAGCUGGACAACGAAACUUUCGGCUCGCCACCGCCGGAAUUCCUCGAUCCAAACGCGAACCCAACGUCGCAGAACGUAGGCGUGGACUACAGAUUCAGCGUGGGCCAGUUACCCCUCUGGGCGAAGAAGCAGAUAAACACGACGAACGCGGACGAAGGUGCUGUCCUCGGUUCGAACGUGAGACCCCUCGGUGUGGACCUGCCGAAGGGCAGAUGGGCGCAAAGGGUUCAGCAAGGAGACGGUAUAACGGUCAAGUCCGUGUACGACAGCGACGAAGUUAUACCGUUUCCUCCACCUCGUGGCGCUAUCGAUUCCGAUGGCGGCGGCGGAGGCGGCGGUUCGAAAGAUAGUUCGAUCGACAGCGGAACCGAGACCAAGUGCAGCAGCGAUUAUCGCAGGGAAACGAUCGUCAUCAAAAGGGAAGAGGACGAAACUGUAUUUCAACCUUGCCCAGAUAGUUACAGAGAAUUAGCAGAUGAAACGAAACAGGUGAUCGGUGGUAACGUGACUGUAACUAGAGGUAGCAAUAUCACGGAAUUGACGCGACAAUCAAGGUGUCGUCAUCAUACCGACGAUAGCAGUCUUGGCAGCUUUAAAUUUGAGGAUCACGAGAGUACCGAGCACGACGGAGACGUGGAAGAUUACUCGGAAGGAGAGAAUGGUACAACCGGUUCAGAGAAAUCUCAUCACAGGUUGAUGUAUUAUCCUGCACCGGAAGAUACGGUGUCGAAUCAAUUCACCGUAAACGCGAUGGACGUCGAAGAACUUCGAAGGUCUCAGAGGAGACAGAAGAAGCCUAGAAACGGAGAGAGCGGUCGAACGAGCGAAUUAACCGCUUCUGGUAGUCAAGACGACUCGGACUCCGAGGGCGGUGCUUCAACGCCCAGUGCCGAGCGAAAUCCUCUGUCUAUGUUGUCGGAAGCUAGUUCGGAGGGAUUCGACCAACUGGCCAAGCAGAGUCACCGUGAAAAGUUCCUUAAGAACGCUUUUGAAUCUCUCAGCGGUGCCGAAGAGCCUACGAAUAGAAGCGUCAAAACGACUAGCAUCAGUUCCCAGUUUCACGGAAGACUCAGCGGUAACGGCGAUAACGGCGGCAACAACAAGAUUCGCAACGCAGCGGUAGUGAACGCAACGAAGCAAGCGAGAGGCGACUCGGACGUCGCGAAGAAGCGCGAAGAGUUGCAAAGGAGAAUAGAGGAAACUAGAAGAAAAUUGCAAAGCGUCGGCUAUAAAUCGUCGUUAAAAACCAGUCAAAGCAUAUCCGACUUGAGCAGCCAUAUACCGGAGAAACAUCAUCGUUCGAAUAGAUUGAGCACAGGUAACAAAUCUGGUCAGCAAACCCAAUACUCGAAACCGAUCAAUCCCUGCAAACCUAUACCGAAUCCAAAGCCCCCGUUAAAACCUCAACAACUCGUUAACAAAAUAUCGGUUGUGGGUAAUGCGCCACUUAAGCUAGAUAUUCCGAACGAUAAUUGCUUAUCCAAAAGUCCGACUACGUCGUGCGUAAAUGACAAGACAAAACCGUCUCUUAGUCGACCGUUAACGUUAACGUUAAAGAAAACUGAAAAGUAUAAGCUAUCGCUGAAUAAACCGAAUCAAUCUUUGCCCGAAUCGCCCGUCUGCGAAGAGCUAAAGCUCUUAAAGGAACAGUGCAAAAAGAACGUUAGCCGAUUCGCGAGAUUCGCUCAGAAAAGGAGAUCGUGUAGUUACUUUAUCGGACUCGAUGACAACGAGGAAGACAUGGAAAAUAUAGCCAAGUCUUUCGAGAGUUUGCCCGCGAUGAACGAGCGCAACAUAGAAAACUUGAACGACCCGAUGGACGACGGGGACGAAGGGAACGGAAACUUCAGCGACGAUUCCCUGGAAGGUGACUUUAAGAAUCCACCUCGACGAUGCGUCAGCGAUUAUCAGAUAAACAUGCAUAUCGAUCAUCAACAAGGCACUCAGAGAAACUAUUCCACGUAUCAGACUUUCUCGAAACGAAUACUAACCGGUUCUCAAGAAAGCAUCCUUUCGGACGCCUCGGUCGAGUCUUUCUCGAAGGGAAGCGCUGAAAUUUUGGAUUAUAGCCACUACGACAACGACAGGCAUUCGAGCGCGAGCUUCUUCUUGUCCCGCCGAAAGAUGCAAGCUGGUCGAAGUCACGAAAGCAUUCUCACGGAUGAAUCCGAUUAUCAGAUGUUCCCGUUGCACGAGAACAUCGAUCACCGAAGCACCGAAAGCGUGUUGACCGACGACUCGGACUCCUUAGUGAAAUCCGCGCCGUUGGAGAUGCUGUUCGAUUCUCACUAUAAACGAAAAAGGCAAAAUUCGGAAACGUACAGCGGUAAUCCCAACAACGCCGUGAUACCAUCGAGCAAUACCGAAAAUUCUGUCAACGAUCCAACGUCUUGUCGGGCUGUAUUCAGAUCGAAAUCGCUGCAGGACACGCGAAUAAGCCAAGCCAGGAACGAGAAUAGCUAUUCGGAGGAUAACGCGCAGCCGGCAACUUGCAUCUACUACGAAUUCAAUUUCAACGAUCAGAGCGACACGAACGUCGAAAUGAGAAUUGGAACUAAAUCGGACACCAUGUCACGAAGCAAUAGCCUAAAAGUUGCAAAGGAGCCGCAAUCGAUGUUGAUUCUGAACGAUUUCGUGGCUCACAAACCACCGAAACCUAAACGCAACUCGGCUCGAACGCAGAGCAUGCGGAACAGAGCACGCCCCGCCUGGAACAAGUACGUAGACUCUGCGUCUCAGUCUUCCUGCGUCAAGCCCGCCGAUUCCGACAACUAUCCGAACAAGUCUCACGGGGAGGAACGAGCAGUCAGAAACGGUGCCGAAGCGAAGUCCGAUACGAACGAAUCUUUGCACGCUUCCAAGAGGAUCGAGCAGUUGUUGCAACCCUCCAGCUAUUCUUUGCAACCAAGCGACGAUAAAGAUUCGAAGACCAAGUUUUACAGCCUACAGACUCGUCGGGCUGACAAAGGUAUCGCGUACGACGCGGGUGGACCGAUGGACAACUUUGCCUUCGAUCCAAACGAUUCCUCUUGUCAAACGAAGAGUUAUCGAGGCCGCGACGUGGACGAGGAUCAAAUAGAUUCCUCCCACACGGAGAGAAAUCGACAUCGUUGCUUCGAGAAUCAGAUACCAACGAAAGACACGCAGGAGACCUACGACUCUCUGGAGCCUCCCACGACAGUCUCCUGCGACUUGCAAGCGACCGGCAUGCAAAACGCUUCGAAUCUAUUGACGACGAACGAACGCAUCGACAAUUUGGACGCUAGCGUCGAUCUCAGAAUCACUCGAGCCAUCGAAGGGACCGUUAAGUUGCUCUCCAAGGAAUUCGAAAACUUGGUGAGAAGGGAGCAAUACCUUAUGAAGGAGAAGUGUCUGCGAAUGUCGCAUUGCCAGGAGACGAGCGAAAACUUCGCCAAGCUGGAGGCGGAAAGGGACGGCAGAUUUUGUUCGUUGAGGCGCGACAUAAGAUUCCAUUCCGGUGGCGAGGAUAGCGAUUGCGCGGACACGUCUGCGAUGGACAAGUCGAUGAUGGAAAGCGGUUCCUCCACGUCCGCUUCGAGCUGCACGAACUCGCCGAAGCGAAUGUGGCCGCCAGCCUCGCGCUGCCAAAGUCACACGAAGUGGACUAAAACGUUGCCCACCAUUAAUCAAGCUAUUCUACCAUCCAAGCAUCUGUACGCAGUUGGCAGUAGUGGGGGGCGAAUCUCGUCAAAAGUUUUUGACAGCGAAGAAGAGGGGGGUGGCAUGCGACGUGCCUGCUCGCUGAGUGAUCUUUCCGUCAGCCCGCCAAAUAGGUUACUGCAUGGCCCGAUACAAGUUUCAGGAAAAGUAGGUAAUAAGAACGCGAACGCUUCGGCGAGAAGUGGACUAGGAAGUGCAAAUAGCGGGAAUCAGUCGCGGCACGGUUCGACGAAGAAUCAUUCUUCUCACAUGACAAGGAGCAGCAGCGUUGGCGUCCUAAAUCAGAGUGACUCGGAAUCGGACGUUGGAGCUGGAAACAACAGGGGUUGGAACAAUCAGACGGGCAGCAACAGAAUCAGCGGGUUGAUGAGGCCGACGAUCAGUUCGCAAAACAAAAUCAAUCAUCAGGCGAAGUCGAACUCCUCUUCUAACAGCAAUUUGCCUUCCGUUCUCAGAAGAAGAGGAAUGCAGGGAGCAUAUUCAAGUGUAAAUCUAAGUCAAGUGGGUAAUCAGGAAGAUUCAAGUUCGGAAGAUACUUCCUCUAAUGGAAACGGUGGAAAACCGGCGCUUCCACCGAGACCUCGAAGUAUCAGCAUCGACCACUCCACGACGAGCUUAAGUCUACCCGGUACAACGGUAAGAAGGUCGGGAUCGACGACGAUUAUAACUAACGGUCGUAACGGAAAUAACACGAUGGGACAGAAUGCAAGUCGAAUGUCGACGACAAAUCGCAAUCAAUUAGAUCCUAGCCCACAGGAACUUCCAGUUAAAGAUACCGAUCGUGCCAUCGAUGUAGCCAGUGCCGAAUUAGGCACGGAUAAAACAUUAGUGUCAACGCAACUGUGCAAUACAAUCGCAGACGAAUUAACACGAACAGCAGACAAUGUCGUGCAACUGUACAAACGUUUAACGAUAGAUAACGAGGAUGAUCCGUCUCGAGCGAGCAUUGACAGGGACACGAUGUUGCGCGGCCUCGAGUCGUCCGUGAACGAGACGAUGCGCACAUUGCGACUGGUGGUUUCAGGUGGCGAGGGCCACGAAGGUUCCACCAAUCCCGAAAACGUUACAAUGAACGAAGCCACCGCCAAAUUCCAAGAACUGCUUGCUGGCCAAGACCAAGGAAAAGUGGUUAACAUGAUGCAGCAAUACUCCGAGUUGCUACUAAACAUGAUGCAACAGAGAAUGGGAGGGACGCAAUCAAGCCAUACGUAAAAUCCGUCCAUUCGCUAGUUCUCUAAGAAGAAAACGAACGAUCAGGACAUCAGCUACAGCACACGGUCCUCAGGUACCGUAUACACGAGCACAUAAUGCUCUACGCCUCUCAAUCUCUGUAAACUCUUCCUAAAAGCGUAUCGAGACACGGUAGAUAGUAUUUAAGAUCCUGGUUCUGAAUUCUUAUCUUCGAUCUCUCGUUGUUUCUGAGAAUGGUUUUACGAGUGCGCAGGAUCAAAAGUUUAAGCAUGAAAUGUUUUUUUUUUAAAUACGCGAAACGGUUGUUUCAUUGUAAACGUUGCUGUUAGAAGGUUGGCGAUUCAACGAAAAGAAUUGGUCGUUUGAAAGUCAAUAUCUGUUUCUGUUUUUUUUUCUUCUUCUUUUUUUUCGAAAGCAACGGAUCUUUAUAUUUUCGAUUGAAUGAGUUUGAAUGAAUUUUGUCCUUGAUCGACAAGCCGCGUAUCGCGUAAGUCGUGUCGUUCACUGAAUGGUGUUUCUAGCCAAAGUUAAUAGAAUAUUUAUCAGCGAUUUCGUGCGACCAAAUAUACAAGAUUCGCGAAAAUUUGAACGGGCUAAUUUAGAAACAACUAGAAAUGUGACGCGGCAAUUUUCAAGUUUCUAGAAAUGUUGCGUUUGGAGAUCUUUCCUGUCCAAUUUGGAAGGAAAAGCGGGAAAUGAAAAAAUUACUCGUAUCUUGAGGCCAUACGCCGAUAAAUGCCAAUUAACUAAAGACUCUUAGAUUAGUUUUCGAACAAAUAUAUAUAUAUAUAUAUAUUUAUCGAUCAUUGCGCGAUAUAUUAUAACAUUAGUCCUCUUGUUAUGUAACCAAAGGUUGUUUGUACCUAUGGUCUAAAAAGCAGUAUCCCUUCCUUCCCCCGAUAUUUGCAAAAGCUUCGAAAAACUGUAAUGAACGUAUGCAGUGAGCGAUGUAAACUUGCCAGUUCGAGUAAAAGAAACAAAAAAGAGUAACUAGUUUCUAAUUAACGCAUUUAGAUGAAAGAAGAAUGUGUAUCGGCUUUGUAGACUUACCCGUGUGUCUGUCAGGGAUAGAAAACGGAUAUGUGAUUUUAUAUCUUUAAAACGAAUAUAAUCGCCGAAUAGGACGGUAGUGUCGCCUACUAAUUUUACUUGUAAAAGAAAAGAUAAACAAGUAAUUGUCGAACAAUGAAUCGCAAGUCGAGAUAAGGGAAAACAGUAACAGCGAGAAGUUUCAUUUUUCAUCGACGAAUUGAUUUGAACCGAGCCUACGAUGGAUACACGGAAACUGUGCUACGUUAGUAACUGCAUAUUUUGUCAUAGAAAUUAUAAAUAUUUUUACACGCGAAUAACGUCGAGAGACAAACAAAGCAAAAGUUCCACAAAGUACCGUAAACUUUCGUUGAAAGAUUAUACUGGAAUUCGAGGGCUAAACGGGCUUUACAAGUUUCAAAGGAAGGAAUUGCAUCGAGGAAUCAAAGUAUUACGAACACGUAUUAUUAACGAUUUUAACGUUUAUUACAAAAUACGCGCGAUUCGUUUCUCCGUUUAAUAAAUUGUAAUUACAUUUGUCCUCUGUGUAAAGUUUCCAUAUUGUAUGUAAUGUAUAAAACGUGCCAUUUAGGUUAACCAGUAUCAUUUGCUUGUACUUUCUACGAGAACGUUUUAUUGCUUCUUUAGGCGUGUAUCAUUAAUCUCUUUGUUGAUAAACAUGUAAGAUAUCUUUAGUAUCAUUCACGGGGACAUAGGCCUAAAGUUGUUUUCAUUCGAUUACAUAAUUUAUUAGAUACUGGGUUAAGAAAGACGAUCCUUACAACAAAUUGCAAUUCAGUAUUGCUUUACUUUAUAUAAUAUCACUUCUUUUUCUUUUCAUCGAUGACUCGAUCGGGAAAAUAUUAUUUUUCAUUGUUUAAUCGUGUAAUUUUUGCUAGUGAAAAAAGCGACUUUUUACGGUGAUGACUAUUAUUCUUGAAUGAUACGGAUCAAUACCUUCGCCAUUCGUUGGUUUCAUAUUUUUCAGCGAACAUGUCUCAACACAAGUAACGUCGGAAUUAACCCACGUAUCAUUUGCGGACAGAAGUCGAUAUGCUGAAAAUCAAAAAUAUCUUUUGUCGCUUAUAGCGGUUAGAAUCUGAAAUAUCUCUACUAUCAUGUAUCACAACUGCCUAUCGUGGUAGAUCUUAUCGUUUUAGAAAAUCGAUGUAAAUCACUGAUUUCGGCGGUGAAGGUGUUGAUUUCGUCUAAUAUAUCAUUAUGUAUUAUAGAAACUAGAAAUAUUUUAUAUUCAAUGUCAGCAUUUUUGUAAUACAUGAACGUUAGCGUAUAAAAUCAUGGAAGCGGACGUGAAAGGUGGAAAAUGUGUCGAAUCUCGUCUCAUACAUCUCCUCGUAUAUUUACCCAGCUUUAUGUGGUAAUGAACCAUUCCAAAAUUUCACUCUCUCAGUGUAAUAAUCAUCAAAGACAUUUAAAUACUUUUAAUUGAUUGCAAAGAUGAUUAACGGCUUUGUAUAUUGUUGUAUUUGUUAUAUUAAGACGUAUUGUUAUGUAAUAUGUUACUACUCGUUUCUUUAAUGUGUAUAUAUUUAUUUCAAAGUUUUUGCAGGAAGCAAGACAGUUUGGUAAUCGCAAAUGCCAAAUGUAAUAAUUUCGUCGUGAAAGAAUGUAACUUUUUAGCACUUUGUUUUGUAUAUUAUGUUGAUAAUUAAUAAUAUAAUAAUUCUUACAAACUGAA